UCCGGGAGAUGGCGUGGCGGGCGUCCGCGCGCAAUUCGGCCGUCUGGGUGGCGCGGUGUCGAACAAGCUAACCCAUUGUGUGAUUUGGGUGCUCGGGUCGUGUGCGCGUCGUGCGAGCUUGUCGACGGCCUCAUUCCCGGCGACGCCGACGUGCGAAGGCACCCACUGUAGGCGAAGAUCGAGCCCCCGUUGCUGCAAAGCAUGGAGCCUGCACGCGACACGCUGGGCGAGCAGUGGGGCGCGUUCUUCAAGGAGCAGCUGCUGGAGCGCGGGCCUCGAAUCGGUUCUACGUGAGACGACUGAAGUCUGCGUUCAGGUCUGCGUCUGCACAGCGUUUCGCCAAACAAGUGGCCGGUGAAGCAUGUCUGAAUCCUCGCAAUCUCUCGUCACCAAACCUGCACCCGAACGGCUCAGCAUCCACUGGGACUCGCUGAACAUCCCAUGCACUAAGAAGGAUGGUGGCAGCUGCAGCCUGAUAAAACACCGCCAUGAUUUGAACAAGGUCCUUCGAGGUGCUUGCCUGGAGCUUGGGGAAGAUGGGCGAGGAGAGAGCAGAGGUGCCGUCCUAAUCGAGUGUGUCCAGUCACACGCGUGCGGGUUCGCCGCACGGGUCCCUGAGCGAGUCUCGUGCGUAGAGAGGGCACUGGAUCUCGCCGAGCGUCUUCUCGCCGAGCAUCGUUGCAUUACAGCGAUAACAUUCAGGGUCAUUUGGUUGGGUCGCGCUUCGAUGCGUUCAGCAAUAAAUCGCAAUCGCUUUUUGAAAAGCAUUACCAUCUGCCCAGUAAAUCUAUUAUCACCUCACGACGACGCUAUCUUGCUCGAAAUGCUCAAUCCAAUGCCACAGCGUCGAAACGUCGCCCUCAAGGUGAACGACUUCGGAGAGGAAUGGGGAGUCGACGUGCCCGUGCCUGGAAGGUCACUCGGCUUAGGAAUGGAUCACGUGACAACACUCGACGUGUCAGAGGUUUAUAUGAGCGACACCCUUGCGUGUUGGCUGAUCCGGGAGCUCACUGAAAACAAGAGCAUCACUGGACUCGGUGUCUCGCACAGCGUGUUCCCCUAUCGCGACGAAGCCUCCAACGCGUUGUUCGCCAGAUACCUCGCCAAAGAAGACUGCGCGCUAAGAAAACUGACUCUCAAAUAUACGGACAUUUACCGCAGAGGGUUGGACCUGGCCCUGAGGGAAAUCGUCGAUGCACUCUGCAAGAUGAGUACUUUGGAGGAACUGAACGCAGACAUCGUCGUGGCGCCCGUAAGAUUCAUGAGCACGGUCACCCUCUUCGCCGAAGUCAUCACACGGAGUGGCACACUACGGCGGCUAAGACUACCUUCGACGACAUGCGAAUGUCUUGCGACAUUAAAGAAUUCAACUCUCCAGCUUCCGGAUCCCCAAGCGGCGAAGUGCAUGGAGUCCUUGUGCCAAGGCCUGCAGAAACAGAGCUCGACGCUCAGCCGGCUCUGCAUUGACAUGCGGAUUUUCGGAGAAGCAGAGUGCCACUCCUUCUUCCAUGCAGUCGCGGACAACAAGGCACUGAAGACGGUGGUCGUCGACACCUUGCCCUGCAUCGACGGACUCGACAGAGUCUCCAGAACUAUCCGAAAACGGGGACUCAAUGACCGCGUUGUCGUCAAGGGACAAUGCGCGCACGACAACACAAGGCAGCUGCAGCAAUGCCCACAAAUCUGCAAUGCAACCGUCGAUACGGUGAUGGGAACUGCCAAUGUCCUGCAUUUAUUUAUCCCAUCUUUACGCGUUGUCAGUGGUUGCGAUCACAUCACUUCGCUGCGGGUUCAAUGCUUGGGCUGCGGAAUCAAUGAAUAUUCCGCCUUGACAGCAUGUAUAAGGGGCUCUACCGCACUCACUGAGGUAGACAUAGACAUGAAUCCCGCGUGGAUCCUUGGGACAAGCCCGGAGCUUCGGGAAGUAGAGGGAGAACUGGUGUCAGCUCUCGCUUCUAACGUCAAGCUAGCCAGAGUCAACCUCAAGGGUUUCCAGCUGUCCUACGACGACAUGAACGUGCUCGCGCGAGCCGCUAGCAGGAGCCUCAGCCUCAUUGAAUUCACUCUGAGUUCUGCGUGCUUCCUUUACAACAGUGAUGAUAGAAUAAGCUGUCCUCUACACGAGACCCAAGCGUUCCUCGAAGCAUCCGACCACAAGGACGGCGCGCUGGCGGACAUCAUGGAAGUGGCCAGGAAGAAUGCAUCCGCCGUCUUGGACGCUGCAGACUUCGUGCUGGGCGAACAAAGCGGCGUCGAAGGUGCGCGCGCCGUAGAGCUGAUGCGUGACCACCCGCGUCUCCUCGAAAUGGUGAUGGAAGGUGCUGACGUCACUAAGGCCGAAGCCAAGGAGAGGAUCCGCAGCGCCCUGCUUCACGUCCGCAGCAGUACCAUUGACGAAUUUAUGACAAUGACUGGCAUCGUCAAGGAGGCGGUGGAGUGCCUCAGUCAUCCCGGUGCCAGGAGGCUUCAGCUCGCCGACAUUGGCCACGACUGCUGGCUCCACAUUCGUAGUUUCCUGAAGAUAGCGGACGUCGUGUCACGUUGAGCCAGUCCAGUGUUCUGGAGCAGAGCGUGGCACACUGAGGGGAGAGGAAACCAAGCUGGCUCCUCCUGCUGUCGUCGAAGUGCGGCUGUAAGGAGGGGCUGUUACGUUUCAACAAACAGGGCUCGGUUGUGCGCCUCUUGAUUUUUCCCACUCGUCACAUCGCCGACCCAGGAAGCUGUUAGGAAGCCACUGAACACCGCUUCCCAUCGCCGAUAUGGAAGUGUUGCAGCGUCAAUUGAAUGUGUUUUGAGGUGGUGGCGUUGAAGCAGUGGAGGAGGCGUCCUGUCGUUUUCCUCGUAUUACUUCACGUGACAUGAAAGGCGAUUGGAGUUUGCUUGACACGUGCCAAUUUUGGAACGAUGGCAGCGUGCCCAUCUUUCUUUAUUGACCCUGAUUUCAAUCCUGAAACAAAGCUUAGAUGUAUAUAUCUCUCUCCCGAUACUAUGUGCAGCUGUUCUUUUAAUUUGCAUGCUGCACUUCGGAGCGAGUGAUUUGAGGCAUUUAUUAAGCGCUAGUGUUCUGCAAAGUAAUGUCCAUGGUUUUAUUGCGGUAAACAGUAACAUGCAAUAACGCGGACGUGUGUCUUUCAGCGUGUCUACCACCAUGUGUUCCAGUGCAGAGAGCAAUCUUGUCCUUUUGCAUUACCCUGUCCGUAAAGUGUCAAUAGUCACGCAUUCAGAGUUGCGUUGCAUAAUUGUAAUCCUCAUGCCUGAUGAAAGUAAGAAAUAAUCCAUGCGUGCUUCCGCUGUGCAGCCCGAGCUAGCAUUAAGAGCUGGAAUCUGUUCGCUACCAACACUGAAUGUGAGAGACUGGAGGCAAAAACGCGAAUGUAUUUGAACUUGAACGUGACGGAGUUUCGUUUAUUUCCUUCAACAGAUUCUCAUUCGCAUUUAUAGCAUUGUAUUUAAGUUUCUUUUUACACCGGGGAAACGUCAAGUAUACAGUACCACGCACUCGACAUAAGCUAUCAGGUAUAGUUAUAUUAUCGAACCUUUUACCUCGGUAUGUAAUGCUACAUCGACAUUCAGAGUGCGUUUUGUUCUUGAACUAGAAAUAUAACAGUAUGUAUAAAUCUGAUCUCUAACCACGCGUUUAUACUACUGUUGUGGAAGUCAACGGACAGUUAGCUUCCCAGACAGAUAAGAGUAGUGAUGGUAGGUAUAGCCAUGUAUCGAGAUUGCCUAACUCUAUUACGAUGACAUAUCCACACUGUGGAUAAUUGACGGCAUGUAAAUGGGGGGCGGAGAGCAGUGAAGGACUAGGCGCACUGACAAUUUUAGUAAUUUUGCCACCAUAGAGUGAGUUUCAUUCACACAGGAACCACUCAUCUUGUGUUAGUAGCAGAAUGUCAUAGCCACAGUGGCACGUGAAUAAACUGGAGAACAAGUUCGUUGUCGACAGAUUUGUGUUUUUGUUGCCUGUAAGUAAAGAUUGCAAUAAAUGAGCGUGUCAUGGCAAAAAGACUGUUUGUGGACAUUUAAUAAAUAAAGUGCAUGCUGUGUAUACAAGAAAUGCAGAAACUUAGCACUCCCAGGGUUAGUUUAGUAGCAAAACAUAAAUACCCCAGAAGGUGGAUGGCAAAACGGCGCCGCGGUAGCUCAACUGGUAAAAGUAUCGCUUGAUCCACUUG